CAGAUUAAAGCGGAUCCGAUCGUCCCCGCGCCGGGAGCCAGCGGCGAAAGACCGGCGGGACUUUGCUUCGGAGUAAGCACAUCUGGCACCCAGAGGAAGCCGGAUAGGGCUUUUCCCGCAGGCUAAUCGCCAACCCACUCGGGAGCUCAAGAGGGUUUCCCUCUCCGGCGCAGCCUUCGCAAUCAUCCGCUACCGGGGAGGACGCCGCUUCGGAAAGUGUAAUCCUCAAACAGCUCAAUGAAAAGAAAACAAUGACAAGUUGUGGUCGGCAAUCCUUACAUACACUGAUUAUUGUAUUCUGUUCGCUCUUGUCAGCAGCUUUCUCUGCACAUUUUCGAGUCUGUGAGCCAUAUACCGAUUACAAAGGUCGCUCCCACUUUGGAUUCCAUUGUCCCCGACUGUCGGACAAUAAAUCUUACAUCUUCUGCUGUCACCACAACAACACCGUCUUUAAAUAUUGCUGUAAUGAAACCGAGUUUCAGACUGUUAUGCAGAUGAACCUAACGGGCAGUGCAGAUGGAUACAUGCACAACAAUUACAGUGCACUGUUAGGAGUUUGGGUCUAUGGGUUUUUCGUUGUAGUCUUGCUGGUUCUGGACCUUUUAUAUUACUCCUCCAUGAACUACGACAUUUGCAAAGUUUACAUGGCAAGAUGGGGAAUCCAGGGGAAAUGGAUGAAACCGGAAACAAGCCGGUGGAUUAAACCAACUCAGGACUCAAGGCAAGUAGAGACUCAGACGCAUCCUCAGCCUGCCUCUCAACCAUCCCAGGCUGUCCACACCUUAAAAGGAGAAGCUUUAACUCCACCACUGAUGUCUUUCCCAAGCUCAACUGCCUGAAAAGAGAAUAUUUUGACGUGCCUCCAGAUGGAAGAGGUAACAUUACAGCCCAGAAACAACAGCUUUAUCUGAAAAGCACAAUGGAAAGUUGUUGAACGAUUAGGAAAAUGAGUCCAAGGAGAUGGGUUAUUCGAAUCUCCCCCAUGGCAAAUGAUGGUAUCUAGAGAUCAAGGUGAGGCAAUGUUACUUAAAUGAUAUCUUGGAAACCCAAGACAUCCAUCCUGAAAGAAGAAAGAAUUUGAGGGAAGAUGGAAAUGCCCAUGGAAAUCCAACCUAGGAUGAAAAUAUACUACAACACCAACUUAUUUUUCUUCCCCGUUCAUUAAAUCUCAUUUGAGCCACCACGUACGGAUCAAAACAAGGAUGUGACUUUUCCCAAAAAGUUCUCUAGCGAAUAUUGUCACAAUAGGCCAGAUGUGGAUUGGCUUAAUCUCUUUGUCCUCAUGGUUUUCCUCCUUUGGGAGACAGAUGAGAAAAAAGCUAUAAUUUGAAAUGGGAAAGUAUCAUUUUAAUGGGCGAAAAAGUAGCAACCUCACAUUUCAGUUUCUGAGCACACCAAAGUGGCCUCUUUUACUUGUGUAGAUCGGGCACUGGGAGAAGAGCAUCUCUUUUUCCUGGCCCCAAAUGGGGGGGGGAAAUCAAAGGAAAAUGGAAACACUUGUAAUAAGUGAAAGCAAUAAAACAGCUGCUACCUGUCCAAUCAGGCCAUUAUCUCAUUUGUUCAUGUAAACUAACCUUUGCCUACUGGCUAAUCUUAAUACUUAUUAAUAAUCCCUCAGGAACCUGCUAAAGUUCUUGUUAAGAGAACCAUGGGGAUUCCUUGGCUAAGGUUCAGGAUUGGGGGCAAGCUUCGUGCAUUCCGAAAUAAUUUGAUUAAGACCAGGAAUAUCACCUGAAGAAAGAGCAUAGCUCAGAGGUCGGCAACCUUACACACUCAAAGAGCCGCAAAGGUCCUAACCGGAAGUUCAAUUCUGGAGCCGACCGGAAGUCCUGUUCCCCCACCAUAGAGUCUCCUCCUAGUGCGGCAUCCUUUUUCCUCUACCUGUCCUAACCGAAAGCCCUAUCAAUUGUGGAGCUGACCGGUGACAGGGAGCCGCAGCAGAGGGAUGAAAGAGCCACAUGCGGCUCCAGAGCCACGGGUUGCUGACCCCUGGCCUAGCUGAUGGUUUGUUGUUACAAAAUUCCAUUAGGCGCCACCAUUUCUAUAGAGCAAUUUAACAACUAUCGGAAGAGCAGUUUCCGUUUAGCAGAUUAUUGUUCGGUUUUUUUUCCUGGAAAUACUUUUUUCCAUCCGUAUAAGCCUUUUGUCCUUUGACAUUUGGGCUGAAAGCGUUGACCAUUUUUCCUCAGAAUAGCUGAUGGAAAAGGAAUGCAGAACUAGAACGACACACAUACACACAUUGUAUACUUUGGGGUAGCUCCGAGAAAGAAUGUAAAAAGAAUGUAAAAUUAUUCUCACAGAGACAUCUUGCUUUGCACAUCAAGAUCCCUCCUCAAAAAGUGAACAUUAGAAUGUUACUCUGCUCCUUGUCGUGCAGGAGACCUGCCUUCCUGCUGAAACAGCCUGUUCAGAUUAUCUUGGUCCUCCAUUCCUUGCGAGGACCCUGAAAUAACUACAGAAGAAUUAUUUCUGUCCUUAAGGCACCGCGUAUUUCUUAACUCUUGUAGCAGCAAGGCAUUAGCAGUGUUCCUACGUAUUCUAUCUCUCCAGAAGGAGACUUGGUAGGUUUCUAGGAUGAUUUCUGUCACUGGAUGCUUUAUUUACCAUAUUGCCACUGUUUUCUCAGAAAUGCAGCAGCCACAUUUUCAAACCAGUGCAAAGAAAUGCCCUGAAACUAAGGAUUUGCAGCAAAAGGAAAGACCGGUGAAGACCCACUUACAAGUGGAGAUUGCAUCAACUUCUAUAUGGUUGAUGAAUUAUGCGGUCUGAUGAUCCCACUUGUUGUGGUUAUGUUACUAGGAUUUAUCCCUUACUAUUUCUUUAGCAUUCAAAUAGAUUUAAAGUUGUACUUGUGACCCUCUUGAAUUAAUUUAGGUGAUGCAAAUCACCUUAAAAGAACUUGGCUUGCUUGGAGUCGCAAACAUGUCCCAUCAUUUGACUUAGUGUUAAAAAUUAAGCAAUUUAGGAAUGUAAGAACAAAUACCGCCACAGAUUUCUAAACCAACUCCUGCACUUCAGAGUUGACAUUGUUCAGUCCCUAAAUCAUGUAUGACUCUUCACAACCCCAUGGACCAUAACAUGCCAGGCCUCUCUGUCCUCCAUUGUCUCCUGGAAUUUGCCCAAAUUCAUGUUCAUUGUGUCGAUGACACUAUCUAACCAUCUCAUCCUCUACCGUCCCCUUCUCCUUUUGCCUUCAAUCUUUCCCCAGCAUUAGGAUCUUUUACAAUGAGUCCUUUCUUCUCAUUGGAGCUUCAGCUUCAGUAUCUGUUCUUCCAAAGAAUAGUCAGGAUUGAUUUCCUUUUGGAUUGAUUUGAUCUUCUUGCAGUCCAAGGGGCUCUCAAAAAGUCUUCUCUAACACCACAAUUAGAAAGCAUCAAGUCUUUGGCGCUCAGCUUUCCUUAUGAUCCAACUCUCACAGCCAUACGUUACUACUGGGAAAACCAUAGCUUUGACACUCAGUAUGGACCUUUGUCAGGAGGACCCAGUGGCUCAAUGGCUAAGACUCUGAGCUUGUCGAUCAAAAGGUCGGCAGUUCAGCGGUUCAAAUCCCUAGCACCGUGUAAUGGGGUGAGCUCCCGUUACUUGUCCCAGCUUCUGCCAACCUAGCAGUUCAAAAGCAUGUAAAAAAUGCAAGUAGAAAAAUAGGGAUCACCUUUUGUGGGAAGGUAACAGCAUUCCGUGCGCCUUUGGCGUUUAGCCAUGCUGGCCACAUGACCAUGGAGACGUCUUCGGAGAACUUCAGAUAGCUUUCAUCCCAAGAAGCAAGUGUCAUUUAAUUUCAUGGCUGCAGUCACUAUCCACAGUGAUCUUGGAACCCAAGAAAAUAAAAUUUUAUUAUUUUUAUUUUUAUUUUAUUAGAUUUCUAUACCGCCCUACUCCCGAAGGACUCAAGGCGGUGCACAGCCAAACAAUAAAAACACAUACAUACAAAAUUUAAAAAUAGAAUAAAAUCAAAUUAAAUAAUUUUAGCCCCGACAAAUUUAAAACCCCAAACUUUUAAAACCAAUUUAAAAUUGAAUAUAUAAAAUACUAAAAGAUAUUUAAAAUUUUAAAAAUCUUUUAUAAAAGAGGGGGAAAAUUAGGCCAGGCCGGCCUGGUGAAAUAGUAAGGUCUUUAAGGCGCGGCGGAAGGUGCGCAGAUCCGGGAUCCCCCGUAUCUCUGGGGGGAGCUCGUUCCAGAUAGUAGGUGCCCCCACAGAGAAGGCUCUCCCCCUGGGGGCCGCCAGUCGGCAUUGUUUGGCUGAUGGCACCCGGAGGAGCCCCUCUCUAUGGGAGCGUACCGGCCGGUGGGAGGCUAUUGGUGGUAGUAGGCGGUCCCGCAAGUACCCAGGUCCUAAGCCAUGGAGCGCUUUAAAGGUGGUAACCAGAACCUUGAAGCGCACCCGGAAGACCACCGGGAGCCAGUGCAGCUCGCGCAGGAGGGGUGUUACAUGGGAACGCCAUGUCGCUCCCAUUACCACCCGCGCGGCCGCACUCUGCGCCAGUUGGAGCCUCCGGGUGCUCCUCAAGGGGAGCCCCAUGUAGAGAGAAAAUCUGUCACUGCUUCCAUUUCUUUCCCUUCUAUUUGCCAGGAAGUGAUGGGACCGGAUGCCAUGAUCUUAGUUUUUUUUAAUGUUGAGUUUCAAGCCAACUUUUGCACUCUCCUCUUAGUUCUCUUCACUUUGUCCCAUUAGAGUGAUAUCACCUGCAUAUCUGAGGUUGUUGAUAUUUCAGCAAUCUUAUUGGAUACCUUUCAAUCUGAGGGGCUCAUUUUCCAGUGUCUUAUCUUUUUGCCUUUUGGUACUGUCCAUGGGGUUUUCUUGGUGAGGGAUACUGGAGUAGGUUGCCAUUUCUUUCUCCAGCAGACCAGGUUUUGUCAAAACUCUCCACUAUGACUUGUCUGUCUUGGGUGGCCCUGAACAACUUAACUCAUAUCUUUGAACUGCACAAGCCCCUUCAUCACAACAAGGCGGUGAUCCACGAAGGGGGAUAGUCUGAAUAUUGUGUGCCAAAUCUUGUAAAUCCUUUGUCCCAUUCAGCAGCAUAAAUAGGACAUUUCCUUAUAUUUCAUUGAUAGUUUUUUGCAGGAGGCAGAAAUUUAAAAAUGUGAGAAAUGAGUAAUUUGAGUGCAACUGCUGAAAUAGUAGAACCCCUAGGCAUUGUGAGGGAUGGGCAUGUUAUGACAAUAUCACACAAAUGACAUGAGUUAUAUAAUGUCCAAUGGUGCAGAUGACAUCAAGAGACCUGUGUUAGAAGAAUGUUUAAAGUGUAGAUCACAGACAUAUCCCACAAGCAGGAAUAUCAGCAUAAAUUGGGUAAAACAAUAAUAACAAAUCAAAAGAGUUUAUUUAAAUUGUGCAAAUCACAGAAUUGAAAUUGCCUGGAAUAUAUUUUGAUUUAUUUUAGUGUGAGGAAUAGAGACCUGACCGUUAAGUUUAAUCGUGUUACAGAGACAGAUUUGUGGGGCAAUACAAUACUGCAAUUCAAUCUUAAGUAACAUUUUCAGCAAAUAAAAUUUAUCUAGCAAAUGUUCAUAGAGACAAGUUGUUUUCUGUACAUAUCCACUGGGUUUUCUUCCAAAUUAACACUUUAGAAACUAUAGGUUUAAAAUAAACCAACAAUCUACUUUUAAUUGUGAACAUUGUCCGAGACCUUUGUGAAAAGCUUGUGUUUAUGAAGGAAUUUGUAUUAGAUCAUGGUUUGUAUGACUCACUGUACUUUGUAAGGGUUUAUUUCCCUUUGGGAAUUGUGUGUUUUUAAUGAGCAGUUUUAUGCUUCUAGUUUGUGUAUGUCGUAACUGAUGUGUUGUUUUUUUUUGACUCUCUGCAAGGAAUAGAUUGAUAUUUGAUAGAUAAUAACUGUCUAAAUUUUUCAUAUUGCCUACAAUAUUUGCAUAUGUUAAUAAAACCCAUACUGUAUUAGAACAGUUUACCUAUGGUGAUAAUAAAAUAAAAUUAAUUUGCUCUUUAUAAGCUGAAA